CGACCGUACCAAAGUCGGGGUGCUUUUAGGGGUGCACUGUGCAGUACUCCUAAGAAACAAAAUAAUUUGCUGAAAAACUUAAAAUAUAAACCCUAAAGACAAAAAUAAAGCAAACUCAUGCUAUUUAACAGGGACAUUUUCUUUAGAUUUUCAAUAUUUUCAUUUUUUCGAACAAUAUUGCAGUAGGUUAGUUUGAAUUGACUUCGUUUAUGGUACAGCCCAAGCCCAUGCUAACAUCGAAAGUUUUUUAAAAGAGGGAGCCAAAAAAGAAAAGAAAUACCGUUAUAGCAGCGCCCAUGCAGCCCGUGACCCACUUUCUGCAAAGCUGAGCAAAUAUAUUCAUGUGCAAUUAAGCUCAUCACCUGUUCAUCUCGGACGGCGGCACCGGGCUGCGCCGCUGACCGCCUCUGAGAACAGCUGGACGGACGGUCGGGAGCUCAAACCCGGCAUCAGAGCGGAUCAUAGCAGCUCCUGCGUGGUGGGUGUCACUGCUGGCUGACCUGAACUGCGACUGUCUGACCCCCACGAGGAGGACCAGCAGAAGUGGAUGAGCGGGUCCUGAUGUGGAAUUUGUCCCCCUCUGACCCCGAACCGCAAGAAGCUUUUCACUGAGGGGAAAAGAGGAGCACAAAAAGAGCAAGAGAGGAAGAGGAGCGAAGACGGCAACCGCCCUUCAGGAUGCCGGUGGAGACCCUGCGACCCUCCGAUGGCCGUCUGGCCGGAGUCCCCUUCACCUCAGCCAUGCCCUUUCGGAUCCUCAACAAAGGUCCUGACUACUUCCGGCGUCCGGCGGACCCGGGAGCGCGUAAGCUGAGCGCCGUGGAGCGUCUGGAGGCGGACAAGGCCAAGUAUGUGAAGAGCCAGCAGGUGGCCCUCACUCGCCAGGCCCCCAUCAAACCCCCAAUCAUCCGCAAGCCCCUCGUUCCCCAGAGCCUGAUGCUGCACAGCACUCCCCCAGCCCGCAAAGUUCCCCGCUGCCCGCUCAACGUGGAGAACAUUGGGGCCAGGGAGGGGCCCGCGGAGAGGAGACCCACCCUUAACUUGGAUAUUCUAAAUAACCUAAUCAGGGACGUUUGUGACGCCCCCCAGCCCUGCUCCCAGUCUUCCUCCUCCACCUCCCCCUCGUCAUCGUCGCCUUCAUCAGGAGCUCAGAGCAUCAGCAGCAGUCUGUCUGCGGAGCAGAGACUCCUUAAUACCCUCAAACCGCUAAACCACAAUUCCUCAUCCACCUCCUCGUGCACCUCCUCCCCCCUCGGUAACAACCUGCACCAGCAAGCAGCUGAGCUGACCCGGCGCCCACCCCCAGUGCCAGCGCGGACCUACCCCCGCGUUCUGGUGCCCUACAUCUCCUCUAACUCUGUGGCGGUGCGCAGAGUGGACGUCCGGCCGCUCGCCGACAUGAAGAAGCCCCCGAGGCUUCAGCUGCACCCCCGACUCCGGCCCAGACAGUCCCCCCAGGGCCAAGUGCCACGUCCUCUGGUGCAACCCCCGCCCCCUCCCUCGCAGAAUCCACCUCAGGUCAGCACCGCCUCCCCCCCGGCUCACCUGCCGCCCAGUCCCAUGCUGGUCCGAGCUGUCAUGGCCCCCCCAGCCUCGCCGGCUUUCACCCGCACUUCCAACACCAGCUCCCGCGGCUCGUCCCGUAAGCACCCUUCCCUGCACCGCUCCAAGUCUGACCUGAGCGACCGCUACUCCCGCGCCACCGCCGACCUGGAGCGCUUCUUCAACUACUGCGGGCUGGCCCCCGAGGAGGUGGAGGACAUGGGGGGGGUGGAGCGCUUCACCAGGGCCAACUCGGACAUCGUGUCCGUCUCCAAGCUGCGCAGCGUCAGCACGCCGAGCUCGGAAUGUGGCGAGGACGCCGAGCGCAUGAGGGAGGAGGAGGACGAGGAGGACGGGCCCCCCAGGGCCGCCGAGCGGGUCCCGUACGGAAUCUCCAUUAUCGAGAGGAACGCUCGCGUCAUCAAGUGGCUGUACGGAAUCCGGCAGGCCAGAGACGCCAACAACGCCGUCUCUGACGUGUAGACUAUCACAAACUCCAAAAACGUUCAUCGUCUGCUGCCUUACAGCACGGAUAAUCUCUACGUUUCAGCAACAUCGUUGUGGCCUGCUCUGAUGUCCUGAAACAAUAACUUUAAAGCAAUAAUAAAGGUGUGUAAAGUAUGCAAGGAGAUGCAUUCAGGUACCGCGUGUGUAUGUGUGCAUGUGCCAGAGUGAAGCAGGACAACAACCACCUUACAACUGUGAAACCUUCCAUCAAAAAGGAUAGAAAACCUUUGUAUGAAUCCAAAGUUUUUGUGGGCAGGCGGUUUCCUUUUUAGGAUCACUCACGCAGCUCACUCGAGCGCAGACGUGGAGUCAUGUCUGCGUCUGCGACCCAAACACUCCAGAGUUUACGAUAAAAAGCAGGUCACAAAUGAAGGAUGGCUGAAGAAACUGAAGCGUGAUAAAGGUUGUUGCUCUGAAAGCGUCUCAGGAAAGAUGGCGUUGCAAACAGACCCGUAUUUAUGGAUAAAAAGUAAAAAGUUAAUGUAUUUUGAUAUCAGUGUACAGAUUCCAGUUUUUGAUCUGAAGUGCAAUCUGAUGUCACAUCUGGACACACUCGGAUGAACAGAAGAACGCAAGGAGAGAGGCGUUGACUGAAGUCUGCAGGAGCGUUCUCCUCAUCUUCUCAUGAGUCGUGUUCAGAACCGGUCAGCGUCGUUCAAUCAGGCGCUGCACGUCCAAAGAGUCUACAGAUGAGAGAUGCUUCAACACCGUGUAUCCUAAAACGUUAAUAAAAAUGUUUGACUAUG